AUGGAUGAUCCAAACUCCCUCGACUUGGCCAAGGGUAUCGAGGAUGCAGAUUCCCUCAAUGAACAAAAUAUAUCCAAUCCAUUUGAUAAACAUGCUUCCUGGGCUAGUAUCCCCUCUUCGGUUGCAGAAAGUCACAAGUCAGUCACACAGGAUACCGGGCUUCACCUGCUCUCGAUCGAUAACGGUGGUGUGCGCGGCCUGUCUGCAUUGAUCAUCCUCGAGCAACUCAUGGACGCCGUCGACCCAGAUGCGCCGCCAGAGCCGUACGAAUGGUUUAACAUGAUCGGGGGGACGGGCACAGGCGGGCUAAUCGCCAUCAUGCUGGGCCGGCUAAAGAUGAGCGUACCUGAUUGCAUGAAGACAUACAUGACAUUCUUUUACCUCAUUUUCCAAAAGCCACGUCGCCGGGGUUUGUUCAAGAGUCCGGUGCAGGGACGGUUCGACGCAAAAGAAGUAGAACUGGCAAUAAAAGAUGUUAUAAAGCAGCAGGGUUUGCCAGAGGACGCGCCCCUCAGAGAUGAGCACAGCACGGCUUGCAAAGUCUUCGUGUGUGCAGCGAGCAAAGACGCGUCUGGAACAAUCUGCCUCCCGAGCUACCCCAUGCCGCGCGAAAAUGAUGAUCUGUUCAAAGGCGUGACAAUUUGGGAAGCAUGCCUAGCUACUUUGGCAGUGACGGCUUCCUUCGACCCAGUUUCAGUGGAACGGUUUGAUGAGGUGUUUGUAGAUGCGCCGAUGAGCGUGAACAACCCCGUGCAACAAGUAUGGGAGCAGGCGCAUCUGGUAUGGGGGUCUGAACUACCAAAUUCCGAAUAUAACCGCCUGGUCUCGAUCGGAACGGGGGUGCCGUCGCUUGGGUCAUUCAAGGAUGAAGAUAUGCGCAUCGGCCAGAUGUUGGCUAGAAUGGCUGUAGAGACUGAGCGAAUUGCAGAGCUGUUCCGGAAAGAGCAUAGACUGCGAAACAGUACGGUACGAUACUAUCGUUUCAAUGUGCCGCGAGGGCUGGAGGAUGUUGGCCUCGAGGAGACGGAGAACAUCCGGGAGGUGGCAGCGGUUACGCGGCAAUAUAUCAAGUCCUCGAAGGUAGAGUUUGAAGUUCGCGAGUGCAUGGGCAGCAUCACCAACCGAGAAGCCUUUAGCGAAUACCGAACCGUCUUCAGCCUUGAGGGUGCCCCGCAAGGGCUUCAUUUUGUGGACAGGCCGGCGGAGAUGGCGCAGCUUGAAAGUGUGUUCCUGCCGCGAUCAAAGCACAAUCAGCGCCAAAAGAUCCAUAUCCUGUGUGGCCUCGGUGGGAUAGGCAAGACGCAGCUGGCGGCCGAGUUCGCGCGACGGCACCAUCACCGGUUCAGCUCAGUCUUCUGGUUAAAUGCGGGAAACGACUAUUUUCUCAAGGACAGUAUUGCGAACUGCGCGAGCCAGAUUCCCCCGGGCCAUAUUGCUGAGGCAAGCAGGAGGUAUGCCGCAGACAAAUCCCCUGAUAUUGACACAGUAAUAAAAGAUGUCAUGACUUGGCUUGCACUGCCUAACAACACGGCGUGGCUGCUCAUUUUCGACAAUAUCGGACCGCAACUCGGGUCUCUACAGAAUGGUCGUCCGGCGUACGAUAUACGGCGUUACCUACCUGACGCAGACCAUGGAUCUGUGCUGGUGACAACACAAUUGGCACAGUUGACGCAGGUGGGAGAGUCACAGCUAUUGGGUCGAGUCUCUACGGAGCAGGGACGGGAUAUAUUCGAGAGCUGGUGUCAGAUGAAGCACGGUACGGCUGAGAUUGACCAUCUACUUGGAAAACUAGAUGGCCUGCCACUCGCGAUUGCGCAGGCAGGCGCAUACCUGCAAGGCACCGGAAUAGAGCUGACGCAAUACCUGGAACUCUAUGAACAGCAAUGGAGUGAGCUGAUGGGACGAGACCCCUUCAUUGAUAUGACGCCAUCCCUCGACUACGCUAAUCGCAAUUUGUGGAGGGCGUGGGUCGCCUCUUACCACGCAAUAUGUGAAAGAAACAAGAAUACGGCUAACUUGCUGCUUCUAUGGUCAUUCCUCGACAACAAAGACCUAUGGCAUGGCUUAUUCGCUGAGGCGUGUGCGAAGUCUACCGUAGCUGCGAAUUUGCUAUCGGGAUAUAUCGGGUACAUUGCAAGAAGAGGAAUCGAUUUCAGUAGGGCGAUACAACAACUAUCUAACUACUCGUUAGUGGAAGAGGUUCCAAAGACGCGAAGCUAUGCAAUACAUCCGGUGGUGCAUCGAUGGGUGUAUUGCGCACUAGGCGGGCACCUUACAGAUGAGCUGAAGAGACUGGCGACAAUUGUUGUUGGCUGUGCUGUGCCAGACCACUCUAUCGGAAACCCAUUUGCCCUAGAACAGCGACUUCUUCCACAUGCGCAAAUCUGCUUCAGGCACGUAGUUGAGAGCAAGGCAGAGUGGUGGCUUAUCUCGCCCAAAGAUAGCCCCGUGAGCUCUGACAGGGGUGAAGAACAAGAGAUACUGGCUUAUGCUAUGAAUUGCAUAGGCCGUCUCUUCACAGAUCGAGGCAAGUGGGAGGAAGCCGAGCAGAUGUACCGACGAGCGCUGCAAGUGUAUGAGGCGGUACUUGGACCUAGCCACACAUCGACACUACAGACGGUCAACAACCUAGGCACCCUUUACCUUAGUCUAGGUCAGCUAGAUGAGGCGGAGCAGAUGUUAGAGCGGGCGCUGCAAGGAUAUGAGGAGGCACUUGGGCCUGGGUACACAUCAACACUACAAACAGUCAACAACCUAGGCAGCCUCUACGCAGGUCAAAGCAGGCCAGAUAUGGCAGAGCAGAUGUAUAAGAGAGCGCUAGAGGGAUAUGAGAAAACACUUGGGCCUCAAGACAUGUUGACACUACAGACAAUCAACAACCUAGGUCUUCUCUACGCAGGCCAGAGCAAGCCAGAUAUGGCAAAGGAGAUGUACGAGCGAGCGCUGCAAGGAUGCGAAGAGGCGCUUGGGCCCAAACACUUGUUAACACUACGGACAGUUAACAAUCUAGGCACCCUCUACCAGCAGGGGGGCAUGUGGGGCGAAGCAAAGCGAAUGUUAGAGCGGGCGCUGCAAGGAUACGAGGAGGCAUUUGGCAGGGAUGGUGUUGAGCAACACCUACCAGCACUCGAUACCUUACAGAACCUAAGCCAUCUCUACGAGCGCCAAGGGAAGAUUUCCGAAGCACAAUCCAUGUACUCAAGGGCCCUUUCUGGGCUUAGCAGUGUCCUCGGGCCGUCGAACAAGAGGUAUAUAGAGUUGGCCGCACUUGUCGACAAGCUGCCCAGUAUCAGUGGUGGAGGAGCAGAGGCGGAGGUGCUCUCAACAGAAGGCGAAAGUUCUGCAGCACAGCAGCAUGAGAGAAGGAAACCCACGAGCCUAGCAAUAUGGAAGCGCUUCAAGGAUAAGUUGCGAUAG